AUGAGCGUCGUUAUACAUAACGGUACACACACGACUGUGGCGGGUUUCUCCAAUGUGGACAUGCCACAAAUUGUGUGUUCAUCCAGCUACGUUCAACGACAAGACGGGUCUCUAGAAUUCGUGGUGGAAGGAAUGCUGAUAGGGGAAGACGGACCUGUGUAUACAAUGAUGGAUGCCCAGGGUGUGCCAUACAACUGGGAUGCACUAGAGAAGCAAUGGAGGUGGAUAUGCGAGGAAAGACUUGGAUGUCGACUCGAGGAAACGCCAGUUGUUGCGACCGUGGCACCGGACUUGCCAGACGCAGUGCGUGCACAAUACCUUGAGAUGGCAUUGGGUCGGCUGAAAAUUCCUGUUUUUCAGCUCGUUGUGGAGCCUCUUGCCGUCGCACUAUCCCUUGGUCGUAACACGGCUCUUGUGGUGGAUGUUGGCGCUGCAAAAUCCACUGUAACUCCGAUAAUUGACGGCACUGUUGUACAGACUGCGGUUGCGCGCUCAAAGUUCGCUGGUGAUUUCCUUGAUAUGCAAGUUAACGAAUUGCUUACCAAAAUAGCUCCAAUCAAAGAUGAAGAAGAGGGUGAUCCCAACAAUAGAAAAGACCCUUCGCUCACACUCUGGCGAAACUCACGUACAUGGAUUCAAGAAUUCAAAACUUACAUGCUACAAGUUGCACCCUCUAGGCUUCAAGACCUUGACUCCGCGGCUCUUGAUAUGAUGGGGCUCACUUACAUCAAAAACUUUCUGCUGCAAAAGCAGAAAACGAUAUCGCUUACGCAGAAGCAAUGCUGCGAGCUCGCGGAGGGUCUCUUCCAACCCAGAAGCGUAUCGCAGCAGUUUGUUGCAGCCGAAGGACUCUCCGAAAUCGUUGCCAAGUCUGUCAAGAAAGCUGGCGCUUCCACUGCUACUAGUUCUUCUGCCACAAAUGUAACGACUCCGGAGCAAACCCAUGCCGCCCUUCUGACCAACAUUCUAAUUACAGGAUCUUCAUCGUUGAUCUCAGGACUUGAACAGCGUAUCGUCAACGAUCUAAGUUACCAGUUCCCACAAUACAAGCUGUCUUCCUUCGCGAACCCUUUGGUCUUAGACCGCAAGCUACAAAGUUGGCAAGGAGGAGUUACCAUGGCAAACCUGCCAUCAUGGGAUUUGGGUGAUUGGGUGUCACAGAGUGACUACGAGGCGCGUAACGAGCGGGGAUCAAACUAG